GAAAACAAAAGAUAUUGCAUGUGGCUCUAGCCUUUCUUUUUCAAUAGAAAAUAAAAAUUUGAAUUUUUAUAAUGGUUGGAGCCAGAGUUAUUUGUGUGUGUGUUUUUACAUAUUGUAUUAUGAGUUAACAGAUUGAAAAAAAAAAUAUUCUAAUAAAAUUGAUUUUUUUUGACAAUAGAGGCAGAGCCAAGAAAGAGAAUAAGAACACUACUGAACUGAAAAUGCAAGGAAAUAAUUUAAAAGGCAGUCGCUGUGUUUUAAAUUGAGUAUCAAUAAAAAAAUAAUUUGACUUGAACUAAAUUGUCAUGCUAAAUAUAUUUUGUUUAAAUUGUGUUCGAGAGAGACGUUUGUUUUUUAAUGCAAAUAAGAAAUAAUACAGACACAAUAGACUUAUAAUGUUAAUAUCUAAUUAAUCAACCAAAAUAAAUUAUGAGGUAGUUUUAACUUUUCAGUUCUUUUACCCCCUAUGCAUUCAACAAUGACAAAAGCUGUUGCAAGUGUAGAAAUUUUACCCAAAGUGUUGGAAGUCUUAAAUCUGAUUGUCACAGCUAUUGACACACCAACAAAGAAGUCUAAAGGAAAGCUUAAAUUUGAUGCAUACAGUUAUGCUGCUGCAGAAAUUCAUGAAUAUUCAAAUGUUCAUACAGUUGGGAAGAAAUGUGUGGAGUUGGUAAAUCAAAGCAUAUGCAGUCAAAGAUACGAACAAGCUGCCAAAUUGUUAUGCAUUCUUUGUGGUGAUAGCACAGUUUAUGAAAAUUUUUUGUUUAAGGCAACUAUGGUAAUUCUUGAAAAUCUGCAACUCUGUGAUAAAGAUGAAGUUAUUUAUAGAUUUCUGAAAGAAAUUCAGAAUCUGGCAUUUGUAAAUAAGAAAGAAACAGUGCUGGAAUAUAUUCAGUGUGGAAUUAGAAAUAAUUUUUCUAAUCUGAGCAGUAAACUUAAAGGUUUUAAUUUUGUAAAAAAACUUCGAAAACAUUCUACAAUCGAUCCACUUUUUGAAGCAUAUGCUGCUUAUAUUGAUUAUAGGACAUAUCUACAUGCUGAUGAAGUUUUUCCUAAUAGUGAAAGGCAAGCCUCUCAAGCAUCACAGAUAUCAAUGGAAGGCGUUAUCACUAAAUUUAAGUCAUUAAUUAGAAUUCCUGGUGAUUGGGACAUUUUUGUUUUGAAGUUGGUUGAGAUGUUAGAGACAAAUGGUAAAGUUGAAGAAAUAGGAGACAUAUUAUAUGAUUAUGCAAAAUGUAAUCCAAAUCAUCUGAAUGGGCAUAUAUAUUUGUGUGAGUAUCUUAGAAAGCAUGAUCCAGAUUCAGAAAUAUUGACUGAUCAUUUGAAGAUUAUAGCUGAAUUAUGCCCUUCUGAUGAAAGAGUUUUAUUGCUCAUUGAAAAAUGGAAUGCAUAUGAUGAUGAAUUAAGAGAAUGUUUGAAGCUCAUUUUUAUGUUUUUGGAUUAUCCUUCCAAUGGAAAAAAUAUUGAACCAUGGAAAAUAUUGUCAAAUCUUUUGGACCAAGCCAAGUCUAAGAUUACUAAGGAAGAAAUGAUAAAACAUUAUUGGCAGUCAAGGUCUUCUUCUUGGCAUUGGAUGUAUUUUAAUCCACCACAAGUUCAUAAUGUAACUCAAGAAGACUUUUUUCUUAUUUCCAUUAAAACAUCCAUUCUUUCUUAUUUUGAUAAAAAUCAUCAAUAUAUUAAAGAGAUUCAAUUAAAAUUUCCAAAAUGUCAAAUUUUUCUAUAAAAAUUAUUAAAAAAAAUAUUGUGGAAUCUGCAUUAUCUUGCCUGUAAAUAUACUAUAUGAUCAAAAAUAUCCAAAUACUAUUGUUGAAUUUCUCCUAAAGGUCUAAUCGAACACUCCUCAAUUUUGGUCAUGUACAAGAAUAUGUUUGUAUUUGCAUUUUUCUAAGAAGAUUCAGUCACAAGGGUGGGAACUGAGUUAUUAGCAAAGAAAAUGAUUUGAGCUCAUCUGGUUUCACAGAAGGCAGCAAAGAAAAUAAUGAUUUGCAACUUUUAUUAAUGGCUCUGUUUGCUGCAAGAAAUACUUGCAUGCUUAGCUGUAAAAAUAGCAAGUAUAUUCAAGAAGAUAAGUUUUUAAAUUCUAAAGUUUCUUGCAUGUUCAAAAAGUGAAGAUACUUUUGACAAUAUAGUGUAAGUUGUCUAUUUAUAUACUUUCACAUAGUUAUUUGCUAGUAUAUUAAAUUAUAUUUUAUUAA